UCUUCAAUAUUUCAUCUACCACAUCAAGCAGUGCAGUAACAAGCACUAAAGUUCCCUCAUAAAUACUCGAGUUCUAGAGUUAGGUGGCAACAAAAGCAUUCUUAUAGUUAGUUUUUGUGUCUAAUAAUCUUUGUGACGUUGCUAUAUUGUGUUUGUGUGUUCAUCUUGGAACCGUGACACUAAAUUCAAUUCAUCUAUGGCUGCCUCAUCUUUUGCUAUGCAAUCAAUCCUGACCAACCCUAUGAUCCGCAUUUCCAGCGGGUCUAGGGUGAACCGUUUUGGCAUUCCUGCUAUGUACAUGAGAAGGAAUGUUAGCCUCAAAGUUCGGUCCAUGGCUAAGGAAGAGAAACCAAGUGAGGCUGCAACCCCAGUUACACCACCACCAUCGGUAGAACCCAAGCCACAGCCAGCCUUUACUCCUGCACCCAAGGUGAGCACCAAGUUUUCUGAUGUGUUGGCAUUCAGUGGGCCAGCACCUGAGAGGAUCAAUGGAAGGCUGGCAAUGAUAGGGUUUGUAGCUGCAAUGGCAGUGGAAGUAGCCAAAGGGCAGGGUGUGUUUGAACAAAUAUCCAAUGGUGGCAUUCCAUGGUUCUUGGGGACAAGUGUGGUCCUAACCCUUGCUUCCUUGAUUCCACUGUUCCAAGGGGUUAGUGUGGAGUCCAAGUCUAAAGGAUUCAUGUCCUCAGAUGCAGAACUUUGGAAUGGCAGAUUUGCUAUGUUGGGUUUGAUUGCCCUUGCGUUUACUGAGUAUGUCAAGGGAGGAACGUUGGUGUAAUGUAAUUUGAGACAUCAAGUCACACAACAUGGUCUUAGAGAGACCAAUCUAUUUGUACGUGCUUUGUUUUAUUAAACUACAUAUACAUAUAAAACUAUAUCGUUAAUCACAAGCAAA